GGCUGCUUCGCCGCCACCGUCUCCGCGGGAGCAUGGAGUGCGCCCUGGACGCCCAGAGCCUGAUCAGCAUCUCCCUGCGCAAGAUCCACAGCUCCCGGACCCAGCGCGGCGGCAUCAAGCUGCACAAGAACCUCCUGGUGUCCUACGUGCUCCGCAACGCGCGCCAGCUCUACCUGAGCGAGCGCUACGCCGAGCUCUACCGGCGCCAGCAGCAGCAGCAGCAACAGCAACAGCAGCAGCAGCAGCAGCCGCCCCACCACCAGCACCAGCACCUCGCGUACGCGGCACCCGGCAUGCCGGCCAGCGCGGCCGACUUCGGCCCGCUCCAACUUGGCGGUGGCGGGGACGCGGAGGCGCGCGAGCCGGCCGCCCGGCACCAGCUGCACCAGCUCCACCAGCUCCACCAGCUGCACCUCCAGCAGCAGCUGCACCAGCACCAGCACCCGGCGCCCAGGGGCUGCGCGGCGGCGGCCGGGGCGCCCGCGGGCGGCGCGGGGGCGCUCUCGGAGCUGCCCGGGUGCGCCGCGCUCCAGCCGCCGCACGGCGCGCCCCACCGCGGGCAGCCCUUGGAGCAGCUGCAGCCGGGUCCUGCGCCGCUGCCGCCGCCCGCUCCCGCCGCGCUCUGCCCGCGGGACCCUCGCGCCUCGGCCGCCUGCUCCGCGCCCUCCGCGCCCCCAGCGGCCGCCCCUCAGGCCGCUGCUGGCGCCUCCCCGCCCGCCUCCCCGGCCCCCGCCUCCUCCCCAGGCUUCUACCGGGGCGCGUACCCGGCCCCCUCGGACUUCGGCGUGCACUGCAGCAGCCAGACCACCGUGCUGGACCUGGACACUCACGUGGUGACCACGGUGGAGAACGGCUACUUGCACCAGGACUGCUGCGCCUCCGCCCACUGCCCCUGCUGUGGCCAGGGCGCCCCAGGACCCGGCCUGGCGUCGGCCGCCGGCUGCAAGCGCAAGUAUUACCCGGGCCAGGAGGAGGACGAAGACGACGAGGAGGACGCGGGCGACCUGGGAGCCGAACCCCCCGGGGGCGCCCAGUUCGCCCCCUGCAAGCGCGCCCGCUUCGAGGACUUCUGCCCGGACUCGUCCCCGGACGCGUCCAACAUCUCAAACUUGAUCUCCAUCUUUGGCUCGGGCUUCUCGGGGCUGGUGAGCCGACAGCCGGACUCCUCCGAGCAGCCGCCGCCGCUCAACGGGCAGCUGUGCGCCAAGCAGGCGCUCGCCAGCCUCGGCGCCUGGACUCGAGCCAUUGUCGCCUUCUAGGGACCCCCGAGGGCACGGGGACCCGGGGCCCCGCGGGGCUGGGGCCAGACAAAGACUCGGCUAAGGGGCGAGAGGAGGGAGCGAACGGGCGCCUGGCCACCCGGGGCUGAGCUGGGAGCGAGCAGGGGGAGGCGGCUGAUGUUUUAUAAAUUGUAAAAUAAAAAAAAAAAA